GUGUCAUAUAUGAGACAAAUAUUUUGUAUUACGAAAAGCAAGAUAUUUUUCUAACAAUAUUACAAAAUAAUAAAAAUACUGCUUUAACAAUGUGUGAAAAAACGUACGAUGAGAAUAAUCUCGUGACUUCGUACGUAAAAUGGUCUACAAGAAGAAAAAAUGAGAACAAAUCCAUGCACAUAGGCUCACCAAAUUCCAUCAACGUGUUUUGCAGAUUCGGCAAUAUUUUUGCAAUAUGAGAUGUGGUGAAGAAGAAAGUGAAGAAAUAGAAGAAAUAAAGGCAACGUGCUCGAAAUGUAGUAACAACAAUAAGGAGAGCACUUAUAAUUUUUCACACAUACAAGAUUUAUGUCCUGCUGAUAGAAAACGAAUAUCAUUAUUAAUCAAACAUUUGGCAAAAUGUACUCGUGAAAUGCAUGAAGUUAAAUCUGAUUUAGCUGUGAGCGAAUCUGAGAAAAAAGCUUUACUAGAAGAAUAUCAAAUAUUUCUUAAUCGUCAUAACUGUGAAAAAAAGCAAUUAGAAUUUGAACUCUCCGAAGCUAAGACAAAAAGAACAAGUUUAAGGAUUCAAAUUAUACAAGCACUUGAAUUGUUAACAUGUCAAUUGCUGGCGCAAGAAAAACAAUUUAUGAAUCUAGUAGAAAAUGUAAGAGAUCUUUUAUGUGAAAAAGUAAUUAUCCAUGAGGUUCUUAGUCAAAAAGAGAUAGAGAGAAGUAAUCUUGUAGCAAAAAUUCAAAGAUUAAAAGAAUCUCUUAGAUUAGAGAAAUUAUUGCAUUCCAGAGAUCUUGCUCAAAAUCUUCUUAAAAAUAAAAUGAUCGAUAAAGCCUCUCAAACAACAGAUGAUCUCAAUUUGCAUACAAAAUGUGACAUCAGAAAAUAUAAUUUCAAUGCCACUAAUUUCGAACUGAAUUUUAAACAUUCUCAAGAUAUGAAAACUAAGAGUAAGAACGAUUUGGAAGAACUUACUAGCGAUGGAACACUGAUGCGUGAUCUAUUUUUUAGAGUACCAAACAUAGAGGAUGAUGAAAGUUUAUAUCUUAUGCCAACAUUGUCAAAAGAAUUUAAUCAGAUAAAGUCUUCCACUUCUUUUGUAUUCAAUUAAGUAUAUAUAACAACAGAAGAAAAAAAUAAUACAUAUAACAUUAAAUAUAUGGUUUAUAAAGGAUGUCUAAAAAAUGUAUGAAUAUAUAAGUAAAAAUAAAUCGUUUAAUACUUAAUACAUUGAA